UUCAACAGCGUUUUAUUACUAAAAACAAGCAGACAAAGUUGUGCCACUGACCCCGUUUCUCAGGUAUAAAGAGGCCCAGAUGUGCAGCCACUGCAGAGAGUCUGGGACCGGGACGAACGAAGACCAGGAGACUUUAGUCCUCUGAUCUGGUCCAGUUCUGCUGCUCUGCUGUUUGUGACUGUGGUCCGGAAGAGGGGGCGGAGCGUCAUCAGCCACGUCAUAUCAUCCGCCGCUCUCUGAUUGGCCGCUGCUCCUCACCCGACACAGCUGUGAUUGUUUUCUGCAGAGGAAGCUGUGUCGCUGGUAUGAGGUGUUCACGGUGAAGUGGAGUGACUGAGUGAACGACCACGACGAUGUGAACAGACCAGGUGACUGUAGUCUCUGUUGUUGUUGUUGUCAACAGUCGGAUCCUGAGGUUUGAUGACCAGAAGAGAAGCUUUCUGUCUGAACCAGAUAGUGAAGCCGCCUGGGAGCCGAGCUCGUCACUGCCAGAUGCCCAGACUAGAGAACCACUGCUGGAGCUGCUCCUGUGCUUCGAGAGUAGAACCUAAGUAUUCAUCAUCAGCAUCGUCUUCAUCCACGUCGUCUUCGUCACCAUCUUCAUCUUCUACUGCAAACUCUUUGGCGUCCAAAGCUAAAGAAAUGAUGUCCAUCAUCACAUCGGUGUUGAGCAGUGCCUACGGCUCCCUGCUCGACGUCCGAACUGCCAACUUAAUCCGACGGGGACUGGUCCUCUUCACGGUCGGAGUGAUUCUGGCCCUGGUGCUUAACUUGCUGCAAAUACAAAGAAACGUCACCCUUUUCCCCGAGGAGGUGAUGACAACUAUGUUCUCGUCCGCCUGGUGGAUCCCACCGUGCUGUGGUACAGCGGCCGCGGUCAUCGGUCUGCUCUACCCCUGUCUGGACAGCCAUCUGGGAGAGCCACACAAGUUUAAAAGAGAGUGGGCCAGCGUCAUGAGGUGCAUCGCCGUGUUCGUGGGCAUCAACCAUGCCAGUGUGAAACUAGACUUUGACAACAACGUCCAGCUCUCCCUGACUCUGGCCGCCCUGUCCUUGGGGCUGUGGUGGACCUUUGACCGGUCCAGGAGUGGCUUCGGCCUGGGCAUCACCACUGCCUUCCUGGCCACCGUGAUCACACAGCUGCUGGUCUACAACGGAGUUUACCAGUACACGUCUCCAGACUUCCUGUACGUGCGCUCCUGGCUCCCCUGUAUCUUCUUCUCCGGAGGUGUUACUGUGGGAAACAUCGGACGCCAACUCGCCAUGGGUGGUCCAGAAAAAGCCCACAUGGACUGAGCAGCGAGGAGAAGAUUCCCACUGCAAACAAAAAGGACCAGUUUGUGGAGACGGAGGAAAAGACUUGUCGUUUUGGACUUUGUUUUUAUCAGGAACAGAAAACUCCUCCUCCGGCCUCAUCUGCACCUCAGUUUGGCCAAACAGCCUGUUUCUGCCACAGCCCACGUCCUACAGCCCACGUCCUACAUCCUACUACGGCAGCAUUAGGAAUUCCUCUACCGUUACCUUUUCUCCCAAAAGUUUUUUUGAAGUGAACCUUUGACUGAUUUGAAUCUUGUGUUUUUGAGCGUGGACGUCAGUGAGCAGGAGUUCCUACAACAGCUGCGACUGUUGCUUUGUAUUUUUCUCCUUCCUGAUUGAAUGUGAUGAUAAAAGGGAAGUGUACCAGUAGAUUAGAUUAACCAGCCACAGCAGAGUUCGUGUCGUUUCCAAACCAAA